UUUUUUUUAUAUGCUAUAUAAUUUUUCAUUGUGCUAUUAUUAACAUUUCGUAAAGUUAGUGUUUAUAAGUCGGUCGACGCGUUAGUGCGACGCUCGCGCUUGUCACGGGACUCGGGAUAGUGGGUUAUAAGUAAACGUACCCAAGCAUAGAGUCCUGUGAAGCAGAGCGUUCCAAAUUUAAACUAGUUCCAUAAAUAAAGUGAUGAGUUGAGUGGCCGUGUUCUGGCAUAGACAAUAUAGAAUUUUAUGUGAAAAGCUUACGAAAUUAGAAAAUAUGGGGAAGAAGAAGAAACCGAGCGGGAAAAAGGGCACGAAUAGGUUUUUUCGUUGGAUAAGAAGCGAUUUACCGGAUGAAGAAGACAAGAAAUCGCCCGUACUCCUUCUAGGGGUCAAUAAAAUAUCCGAGUCCCCAUUCUUCGUCCGAAGGCGCAUCACAGACCCGCACUCAUCAGGGUCGAUAAGGUUCUUCCGUCCACCGAAAUCAAAGUACACGAGAGGUUUAAAUGGAGACGAGAGAUUGGAGAAGAUCAGACAAGAUCUGCUUGUCCACAAACACAAGCCGGAUAGAUACAUUCCAAACAACAAACAUGAGUUCUCCUUAGAACCGGAGACAAGGGGACGUUGCAUCAAAUUGAGCUGCGUGGGUAACUGUAUCUGUGACAGGAAGAAAUCCUCAUCCAACCGAGGUUCAUUCUCCUUUCAUAGAACAGAAAAUCGACAAUCAUCCUUAUGUCCAUCAGAACCAUACGAAAGAGCUCAGAAUAAAGAUAACUCAGAAAAUGAGAUAGAGUUUAAGUAUACGGAGCACAUUCCAGAUAACCAACCUUCUAGUAGCAAGCAAAAUUCGUACAACGUGACGCCAAAAUCAACUGAACGACGGCAUUUUCUUCUCACCAAUCUAAACGAGAGAUUCCGCAAAACUCUCAGCUUAGACUCUCGUAAAAUAGAAACCAACCGUGUCCUAAGUCUGCCACAGGAAUCUCGUCCGAAAUCUUUGCUAACCACAAAUAAUAUUUGCGUGCAGCAGUACAAAUCUGGUGACCCAUUCAUCACGUCAAAUUUUGAUAAAGCAAGUCAGCCGAAAAAGAAACGAAAGUCCUUCUUUUCUCUCGAUACAUUUUUCGAUUCCAAGAAAUCGGACACAUCAUCAAUAGACGAUUAUUGCUCGUCGAAAUAUAAGCGAUUCGAAUUGGAAAGUGAUGACUCGCCGUUAUUCAGACGAGAUUUAUCUAACGGUGAAAAGACGCCAGAUCUACUGAAUCUGCCCGUAAUCAUAGAUUCUGUACGUAAAAAGCAAUCGGAUACUAAAAGACAAUUGGAGAAAUUGGAAAAUCAUUAUUACAAAAGUUUGAAUAAGACUAGAGCUGUUAUAGAUGCUGUUCCAGCUGAUGCGACUGAUGACCAAGGUCCGAGCGGGAAUUCCAACCACUUAUUUGUAUACGAUGAUGAAGUAGAGUACAUAGAACCGAUAAGAAGUAACUUUACAAGUCAAAGCACUUUGAUUCUAGAAAAGAAUCUAUCUGCAGAUGAUACGCUAAAACCUGAUUCAAUUCUGACCAUAAAUACCGAUGAAACAGAUAUAAAACUACCAAGUUCGACGGUAUCUCCGAAGUCUAAUGAAGUCAGAAUCUCAGGAAACGACUUCGACAGUAUAGGCGCUUAUGAGAUUGAAGUCAAAGAGUUGGAUUUGUUGAAGAAUUCUUCUAAGAAGCUAGUAGUCAAAGUGAUGGAUAAGUCGGUGGAUUCAAUCGGUAGUUGCUCGUUGGACGUCGACGCAAGCACGGACUGUUCAGAUACCACAUCCGGCAGUUUGAAUCUCUUGACGCCGUCGUCAACAACUAGUCGGAUAAGGGAUUUCACGUCACGGAUACAAGAACGUGCGGCGUCUAACUUACAGCCCAGUUUGACGCCUAAGGCAAUAUCACCAGCCCGGACCCCAGACGAUCAAACACCGACCCCAAGAAGAUCGGACAAUCUCCUCAAGCCACCCCCGAAAAUCCACGUUGAUUCGUCAAGUCAUAGAUCCAGAAGUCACCACAAAAAACGUGACGAAGUUCCUCAGAAGAAACCUAGUUAUCUUAACUUAGCCUGUUCAGUAAACGGAUAUACUAACCUAACUACCUACGACUCGAAGCUACGUCAGGACAUCAACAAAAGUCGCGAAGCUUCCCCCAUAAGACCGAUCACACACACAUACCAGUAUCGUAGUGAAAAUAACUCCCUCCUUGUACCGGUGCCCGUCAGCGCUAACAAACUGCUGGUACCGACCUUCGGACCUCAUGAUACUCGCACGAAUUUGACACCAAAAGCGCCUUCAAAGGCGCACACAGAUCCUCACAUAGCUUCGCCCUCGCAUGCCUUCAUGGCUGCUGAAAAUAAACAAUUAAAAAACGAUUUUUUAGGCCCCAGCAUGACGACCGCGAGUCGUCCCUAUAUAUCAAACGAGAGCAAGACUUUUGCGACGUCGAUGCUCCAUCAGAAAGAUGAGGUGGAUAACGCUAAAGAAAUGACGUUCAAGUCGAGUUAUUCGGAGACCAACUUCAGGCAAACGGUCACGAACGGGAAGGAGUCGAGGUUCACGUCGGAAUCGUACACGAUAUCCUCCAAUGGGAUGUCGAAACGCAUGGAAAUUACGAAGGAGAAUGGAGAAAAGUUGACGAGUCCAAUGAAAAGCUUCAUACAACAAAGGGUCGAAAGGUUAUACGGUCCGGGAGCGCUAGCUCAAGGAUUUUUCAACCAGAAGAGGCACAAAUUGAAGAGUUCCAGCGAAGAUGAUGACCCAAAAGUCUUAACGGAGAAAUCACUGAAUUGUCCUAGCGAAAGAUUCGUAACACCGCGCAAAUCUAGCGAUAGCUUCGACAGUGAGAACAUUUUUACAAGUCCGACUAACGAGGAUCCGACGGUACUCCCAGUUCUAAGGCAUUUGAGGCCAGAGUUCCGCGCGCAAUUACCUGUCUUAUCUCCCAGAAAAAGCUUAAAAUCAGAUCUUUCCCCUCAAAAAGUAGAACAAGACAUUCCCGAGCCAAUAAAGACUGAACCUGAGAAAGUUUGUGAAGUGACAAAUGGUGUUUCUGUGAUAAAUUUAGACGAAUCAAGUGAAUCGGUAAAUGGUGUGAAUGGUGUUGAGAACUUGCAAAAGGUCAACGGUGAUGUGGUUAAGGAUGCACAUUAUUUCUUAGAUUUGGAAAAAAAGGAGACUGAAAGGCUAAUCGCUCUGGCUGUCGGGGCGGAAAAGGAGUUGGAGAGUUUACAGAAUAAAGAGAAUGUAAGUGAGGAAGUACUUGGUUUACUCCGUGCGGCUUCAGGAAAGGCGAGACUGUUGGCAACACAGAAGAUGCAGCAAUUUGAAGGCCUCUGUUACAACAAUAUAAACGAGCGGGGUGAUGAGCCGUUCCCGACCACUCUGGAAGACCUGCAGGGCUUCUGGGACAUGGUCUGUCUUCAGGUCAGGAACGUGGAGGCCCUGUAUGAACACCUGGAUCAGUUACGUGCUAAUGAUUGGCAGGAGCUGGCGCCCCCAGUGUCGAAGGCGGCUCCAUCCCCCAGACGCACCCCUCGUCCCCCCGCCCCUGCUACCCCUAGUGUGAAAAAUGAAAAGGCUCGCCUUGCCGCUGAGAAGAGGGAGGCGGAUAGGAAGGCUAUGUUGGAGCACCGCAGACGCGUGGCUCGCUCUCGUCAGGUAGCGAGUGGAACGAUGCCAGACCGGAAUACAACCGGCGAGGGAAGCCAGGAGGUAGAAAUCUUUGUAGGUAAAAGUACAAAAUCAAAGGUCGCCCAAGGGGACGUUUCAUCUCAAAUAUCCUAGUACUUACAAUCAAUAUCAAUCGAUAUUAUAGUAGGUAUUGUUACUAAAAAAAUAAUAGAAGUAAAAUAUUAUAUAUAUUUCUAGUUCUAUUUAUAUAUCAAAAUGACAACGGAUUAUGAUCUCUAACAAUGUUUAUCGCUUGAUUCGACAAAAUUUGAUAAAGGAAUCUUAGUAUUGCUAGCAAUUUAACGGUGAAUUAUAAUAUUGCCAGUUAAAAAAAAUCAAAAUUCAAACAACAGUAUUAUUUGUCAAUGUAAUUCAAGUUUGUGGGUAAAUCCUUGUGUAUGGUCUCAAAUAUUUUUUUUAUACAAUCAAAUUUAAACCAAUUUCUAACAGGCAUGGGAUUGAAUAAAUGUAUAUAUAUGAAAACUGAUAGAAUUUGGUUGUUUAAUGAUGACAAUGAGAUAACAGUCCAAAUUAUUUUUUUUACGACUGAUAUUUUGAAAUUUUUUAACAGGUUUUUAUGUACAAUGUAUGUUUUAUUUAAUAUACGAUGAAAUGUAAUUUCGCUCACAGUGUUGUGAUCAUUAAAAAAUCAAACGAAUUAUUAUAAUUUUUUGAAUACCUACUCAAUUAUGGAACUUUAAGUCUUAUUGUACACUAAUAACUUUGUUUAAAAUUGAUAAUGAAUUUGAAUAAAUUAUUGUUUAAAUGUA